GCUGCCAACAGAUCCGACUUGGAAUCAAGGGUUUCGAGAAGAAAGAAUCAAGAGUAGUUCCAGAGGAUUUAUGGGUUGAAGAAGAAGAAGGAAUGGUUGCCGGGACCAAAUUAGGUAUUAAACCUUUUAUUUUUUUACUUUUCUCUCUCCCUAACCAGCCCCUUGCCGCCUGCAAGCUGCCCUGCCCGCCAGCCAUCACCGGCCUUGCUCUGCACCAACCCAACCGCCUGCGCCCCCUGCUGCCAACGCCUGCACUCUCCUCCCGAACCAGCUCAGAUCCUUUGCACGAACCAGCACCCCUAGCUCCUGCGCCUCUAGCCCCUACACGCCCCGCCUUGCUUCCUGCAUCCUGCCCUGCUCGCCAGCCAUCACCGGCCUUGCUCUGCACCAGAUCCCCUUGCUCUGCACCAGAUCGCCUGCACUCUGCUGCGCCCAGAUCGCCUGCACUCUGCGCCUCUGCACUCUGCCCCUGCACGCCCGAGCCAUCAUCAGCACUCCACGCCCCAGCCUGCACCAGCCCUGCACACCGCGCCUCGCCCCAAUCCCGCGCCUCUGCACCGCUGAUUGCUACAGCCCCAUCGUUGCCUCACAUGCACAAAAAACAACAAUACCGGACAAAUUGGCAUCUGAGGAAGUUUUUAUUUGUGUUAUUUUAUUUUAUUUUAUUGAAUUGUUUGGGUAUAUAUAGAAAAAAAUCAGAUUGAAAAAGGGGGGUCUGUGGUUGGUAAGGUUUUGGAGUGAUUGGGUUGAUUUUGGAGUUUGAUUGUGGGGAUUUGGCUGGUUGAUUUUCGGGUUCCUUUUGGAGUUGAGGGGGGUCUUCGGUUGAUUUUCAAGUUGAUUUGGGAGUCUCCGUCUGAUUUUUGAGAGUAGUAAAGGGAGAAGAAAGGGAGAUUUUUUUUGCUUGCUUGAGUGUGGUGUUGACGGUGGAGGAGAGGAAAGUUUUUUUUCUUUUACUGGAAGGAGACUGUUUGAGAAAGGAGAUUGUCAAGUUGCAAGAGGGAUUUCAUCUUUGGUUCCCAUUGUUAGGUAUAGCUCUGAACAUAGGAUUUUUGUUAGGAAAAUGGUGAAGGAGAUGGUGGAAGUUUGAUCCCGUGGGUGGGUUCCUUCCAUCAGAUCCAGAUCUGUUUUUCUUUCAAAAAUCCACCGUCUCUGUUUUUAUUUUGUGGGUGUUUGUUUCUUUUUAAGAUUCUAUGUUAAGAUUGUGUUUCGUUGGACAAUGAAUGAAAAA